AAGAUGCCUUGUAUCGGUACCGCAAUAAAGUGGCGAUAAUUCAAUGAAUGAUCUUUGCACCAAGAAGAGAAAGAAGACUCUCGUGGAGCGUGGUUAGUGGAAAAUUGUGUUCGAGUUGGGUAGCAUGGGAGAAAAUUAUUUUUCGAGGAUAAUAUUGAAUUUGGGGCGAGUGAAUCGGGAGGAUUGAAUUAUUCGAGGUGGAUAAAACACGGAUAAAAGAGGAUUAGAACUAGUAUAUUCCGAUUAGAGAUUUCUGGAGAUGUAGCGAUGCCUUACUAUUCGGCACGAAUACGACAGAACCGUGGUCGAUCUUUCAUGGAUUGUCCUAUAUUAAAAACAAGUCGAUUUGCGACUCGCGUCGUUGCACCAUUGACAAACGCUACAGAAAGAUUCUACGAAAGUAAUAACGUGCAAGAUUCACGGUCACCUUACGGGUGGAAGAAACGGGUAGGAAUAAAACGAAGAUGGCCCUUGACUUUUUCGCUGGAUGCCUUGGAGGAUGCGCUGGUACUUUGGUGGGACAUCCUUUCGACACCAUCAAAGUUCACUUGCAAACGCAAGACCAUCGGAAUCCGAAGUACAAAGGGAAUUGGGAUUGCUUGCGAAAGAUAGUCGCGACUGAAUCGAUAACAGGUCUCUACCGGGGCAUGUCAUCCCCAAUAAUCGGCGUGUCAUUGAUAAACGCCGUGAUCUUCGGUGUGUACGGUGAAACCCAGAGACACAUACCGGACCCAAACUCUCUAACAUCCUGUUUUAUCUCCGGUGCCAUAGCUGGCUUUGCUCAAAGCCCCAUCUGCAGUCUCAUCGAGUUAGCGAAAACUCGUAUGCAGCUUAGUUCUUCGACUGGUCGACCUUUCAGAGGACCGUUCCAGUUUUUCAUAUACACGUACAGACACGAAGGAUUGCGUGGUCUAUUCAGAGGACUUGGUUGCACAUUUAUGAGAGAGAUUCCAAGCUUUGGCCUAUAUUUUCUCACAUACGAAACUUUAAUGAGAAACCUCGAUAACAAACCUGUUCCGACAUUUUAUAUCCUGUUAGCUGGAGGAUUAGCCGGCACCUGUUCUUGGGUCACAACUUAUCCCAUUGACGUGAUCAAGUCGCGAAUACAAGCUAACGGAAAUCGUUAUGCAGGAAUUUACGACUGCUUGAGACAAUCCGUGAGGAAGGAAGGUUAUGCGUUCUUGUACAAAGGUAUCAGCUCGACAGUGUUACGUGCGUUUCCUAUGAAUGCUGUCACGUUCACUGUGGUCAACUGGACGUUCAAAUUGCUUGGCGAAGAUGAGAAGAAGAAGUCGAAAACCACAGAGUCUAUCGGUGAGAUUUCAGAACCGUGCGAAAUACUUUUGGAAAAAUGGAACAAUUUCCUAACGAGCGCAUCCCGAAGUAUGGUUAUUCAUAGGUUACCGUAUUCCACGUUGUCGUUGACAUCGAUGAACGAACCGAAGCUCGAGUGGGGCGUGCGCAAUAGGCGAAUGAAGGAAGGUGGUAAGAGCGGGGAAUGGGGGGAUAGAGGUAAUAGAGAGGAAGAAAAUGAGAACCUCAAGAUGUUCAGAGAAGUACGACGAGAAGAGAAAAAGUUAAAAAUUUAAAAUUAUAUACUCGACUCGAUACACCUUCUAUAUGCUAAUCGAUAUGUUUAUCUUAUCGAUAUGUAAUUGAGUUAUCGAGAAGAAUGUGGUAAAACAGGUUUUCGAUGGCUCUUGUAAGGAAUUUUGAAAUUUGUGUAUUUCUCGAAAAAUAAUUCUUUCAAAAAGAAAGAAAGGAGAAAGAAAAUGGAAUUGUAGUGGUAGUACAUUGUUAGUUUUUAAGGGAUCGAACAGUGAUAUGCGAUUGGAUUGAAAGUGACUUGAUAUAAAAUUUAUAUAGUGUUUUAUUACAGGAGAUUAUGAUGGUUCCAUGAUUGUCAUCUUUUCUAUUAAUGUUACUUGCUGAAACUAUUUAUGGACUCUACUGGAUCGAAAUGUUAUAUAAGAAUUUAAUUUUAAUAUAUCUUUUUAAUAUAUUUAUAUAAUAUUUUUAUGAUAUAUUUAACUUUUAUAUUUUUAUCGUCAAAUAAGUAUUGACGAAUAUAAGAUUUGUAGAAUUUUAUAGAAGAUUGAUAAUCUGUGAAUUAUUACAUUGUAGAUGAAUAAAAUUUAGUUAAUUAUAUAUUACAUAA